AUGAAAGCCUGUUAUAUGACUUGUUUAACAGAUAUUAACUGUCGUACAAUAUCAUUCGAUCAAUUUAAUAAUCAAUGUGAAUUGUUUGCUGAUAUUCCAAGCCAAUAUGGUAGUUUAACAGCACAAGCAGGUGUUACGAGUUUUAUUGCUGUUAAUCGACAACUAUCAGCUCGUAAGCAAAGACUUGACGCAUCUAUAACGACGAGCUCAACAACAUCCACAACAACAGCAACCACAGCAACUGUAACAACAACAGUCACAACAACGCCAUCGUCGAUCUCAUCAACAACAUCAUCAUCAUCAUCUUCAUCAACAACAACAUCAACAACAACAAUCAUAAUGGCAUGGAAAACGGCAGCUAAUAUGAAUGGUGGACGAGAUACAUAUGCAGGAUCCAUAUUAACAAAUGGAAAAGUAUUAGUUACUGGUGGAUCUAAUAAUGGUUAUGUCAUUGGUACAGAAUUGUAUGAUCCAUCGACAAAUAAUUGGACAACGACAGCAAACUUGAAUACCGCACGGUGGCGUCAUUCAGCAUCUAUAUUAUCAAAUGGAAAAGUAUUAGUUACUGGUGGACAAGCUAGUAGCGGUUAUCUCAACAGUGCUGAGCUGUAUGAUCCAUCGACAAGUACUUGGACAACAACAGCGAACAUGAAUGUUGCACGAUCUCAACAUACAACAUUCAUAUUAUUAAAUGGAUCAGUAUUAGUUGCUGGUGGACAAGGUACUAGUGGUACUUAUCUCAAUAGUGCUGAAUUGUAUAAUCCAUCGACAAGUAUUUGGACAACGACAGGAAACAUGAAUGUCGCACGAUCUCAACAUACAGCAUCCAUAUUAUCAAAUGGAAAAAUAUUAGUUACUGGUGGACAAGGUACUGGUGGUACUUAUCUUAAUAGCGCUGAGCUGUAUGAUCCAUCUACAAAUAUUUGGACAACUACUGGUAGCAUGACUAAUGCACGAUAUUAUCACACAGCAUCUAUAUUAUCAAAUGGAAAAGUAUUAGUUAGUGGUGGACAGGGUACUGGUGGUGCUUAUCUCAACAGUGCUGCGCUGUAUGAUUCAUCGACAAAUACUUGGACAACGACAGGAAACAUGAAUGUUGCACGAUAUGCACAUACAGCAUCUAUAUUAUCAAAUGGAAAAGUAUUAGUUACUGGUGGAUUUAGAGAUAGCAGUUUUGUUUUAAAUAGUGCUGAGCUGUAUGACCCAUCUACAAGUACUUGGACAACGACAGUGAACAUGACUGUUACACGACGUUCUCAUUCUGCAUUCAUAUUAUCCAAUGGAAAAAUAUUAGUUGCUGGUGGAAAUGAUGGUAGUGCUACUGUAAAUAGUGCUGAAUUAUAUGGAUGA